ACUUUUCUUACGCUGUCAGAGCGCGAGGAAAGUACUGCAGAGAACCGGCAGUUGUCAGAGCAGGGAUCAGCACCGAUCAUCAGGGCACUGAUGAUCGGUGCCCAGCAGUGUCACCCACCAGUUCUUCCCACCUGUGCCCAGCAGUGCCACCCACCUGUGCCCAGCAGUGCCACCCACCUGUGCCCAUCAAUGCAGUGCUGCCAGUCAGUGCCACCAGUCAUCAAUGCCUAGCAGUGCCGCCAGUCAGUGCCCAGCAGUGAUGCCAGUCAGUGCCACCUAUCAGUGCUGUCUAUCAGUACCCAUCAUCAGUGCCGCCAAUCAGUGCCACCUA